AUGGCAAGUGGUAGAAUCGUAGUUUACGGCGGUCGGGGUGCCUUGGGCUCUGCUUGUGUCACCCAUUUCAAAAAUAACAACUUCUGGGUUGCAAACAUUGAUUUAAACCCUAAUGAAAAAGCGGACGUCAACAUCACAGUUCCUAAAGACGGAACCUGGUUACAACAAGAGGAACACGUUGUUAACGAGUUGGGGACUGCUUUGCAAGGUCAAAAAGUGAAUGCUGUGAUUUGCGUCGCGGGUGGCUGGGCCGGAGGUAACGCGGCAAAGGAUUUAAGCAAACAAGCUGAUUUAAUGUGGAGACAGUCUGUAUGGAGUUCAACCAUCGCCGCAACAUUGGCUGCCAAGUACCUAUCUGCAGGUGGUUUGAUUGCUCUUACUGGUGCUAAAGCGGCUUUAGAAGCUACCCCUGGAAUGAUUGGUUACGGUCUAGCCAAAGCUGCUGUACAUCAACUAACACAAUCACUCGGUUCUAAAGACUCGGGAUUACCAGAAAAUUCCUUAGCUGUUGCGAUUAUGCCAAUCACAUUGGACACAGAAAUGAACAGGAAAUGGAUGCCUAAAGCCGAUUUCAGCACCUGGACACCUUUAACUUUUGUUGCCGAGCUCUUUGACAAAUGGUUGAAGGGGGAAAACAGACCGGCUAGUGGAAGCUUGGUAGCUCUAGUUACAAAGAACAAUGUCACUGAAGCGAUUGUCCAAUAA